AUGAUUCAACCUCAAACCCAUUUAAAUGUAGCGGAUAACAGUGGAGCCCGAGAAUUGAUGUGUAUUCGAAUCAUAGGAGCUAGUAAUCGACGAUAUGCUCAUAUUGGUGACGUUAUUGUUGCUGUAAUCAAGGAAGCCGUACCAAAUACACCUCUAGAAAGAUCAGAAGUAAUCCGAGCUGUAAUUGUACGUACUUGUAAAGAACUCAAACGCGACAACGGUAUGAUAAUACGAUAUGAUGACAACGCUGCAGUUGUUAUUGAUCAAGAAGGAAAUCCUAAAGGAACCCGAAUUUUUGGCGCGAUCGCCCGGGAAUUAAGACAGUUAAAUUUCACUAAAAUAGUUUCAUUAGCACCCGAAGUAUUAUAA